UGUCAAGACGUUAUACUUUUGUUGAGAGAAUGUAGAAACAUUGAUUUUACACGUUUUAACGUUGUUUUUCUGAGAUUAUUUACUUUGUUUAUGAAGUUUUAAAGUAAAAGCCGUAAAACUGUCCCAAGAUGGCAGGAACGGCACAAAAUGACUUAUCGAUCUCCGAGCUAAAGGCGGAGAUCGAGAGGCUGAGUCGGGAACUGGACCAAGCCAGCAGUGAGAAGAUUCAAUCGGCGCAGCUCGGCCUGGUGCUGCUGGAGGAAAAGAGUUCCCUUCAGCUACGAUGCGACGAGCUGGAGAGUUUAUACGAGAACACAAAGCACGAUCUGGAGAUCACGCAGGAGGCAUUAAUGAAACUUGACACAACCCAAAAAGUGACAACACAGAGUGGAAUAGAACAGGAAAAUGCACUUCUCAAUGAAUCAGCAGCAAUGGAAAGUUCCCUGACACUACAAAUAAUCGAACUUGAAGGGGAAUCAAAACAGUUACGACACGAACUAGAAAGGGUGGUCAGCGAACGCGAUCGUCUCCUAGCGGAGAGUUCAGAGCUCGGCGCAGACAAAGCGACACGAGAGUCGGAAAGAGCUGCUCUACGAGCUGAGCUCAGGGAAGCGAGACAAAGGGAGCAACGUCUACUGCUUGACAUAGGAGAUCUAGAAGACGAGAAUAUUUCUUUACAAAAGCAGGUCUCAGCGUUACGGUCCUCACAGGUGGAAUUUGAAGGGCUUAAACAUGAGGUGCGACAACUACGUGAAGAGGCAGAAAUUGCGCGUGCCGCUGCUGAUGAGACCGCUGCGCUUCGGCGUAUUGCUGAGAGACAGCUGGCGGAGGCGCUGGAAGCGCUACAAGCCGAGCGAGAAGCUAAGUUCGCGGCGAAGAAGGAAUUAGAUGCGCAUAUCAGUAGAGAAGCGCAAUUCAAUAUUACUAACUUGGCGUACAGUAUACGAGGUAUGCCAGAAGAAGGCGCAGACGACGAUGGAGAGGCGGGCGCGUCCGGUGCUGGAGACCUCAGCGCCGCCGACCAUCACGCAGAUCUCUUCUCCGAGGUGCAUUUGCACGAGAUUUCGCGGCUCGAGAAGCAGCUCGAACAAGCGCACAACGAAAACUCGCAAUUAUCGAGCUCGCUCCGUACGGCGCAAUCGACCGCGGAGACCGAGAGCGCCGCGGCCGGAGUGCUGCGCGCCGGCCUCACGCGCGUGUCGUCUCGCGUCGCCGCCCUGCACGCGCUGCACGGGGACUGCGCGCCGCUGGAGGACGACAAGGCGGAGGGCGGCGUGGCAUCGCGCGCGGCCAAGUGGCUGACGUGGUGGCGCGUGUCGGGCGGAGAGCUUGGCGCACUGCUCGCUGCUCUGCGAGAGCUGGAUGCGCCGCCCGACGGCUCGCCCGCCGCGCUGCAGCGCGCGCACCUGGCGCAGCUCAGCGACCGCGUGGCCGACGCGGAGCUGCGCUGUGCGGCGCUGCAGGCCGACGCCGACCUGCUGCGCACGCUGGCCGGCGGUGCCGGUAGAGCCCUGUCGUCGGCGGCGCCGGCGCUCGCCUCGGCGGCGGAGACGCUGGCGGCGCUGUACCACCACGUGUGCGCCGUCAACGGCACACAGCCCGAGCGGGUGCUGCUCGAGCACGCGGGACAGACGGACGGCGCGGGCGGCGAGGGCCGCGGCAUCGACGACGAGGCGCUGGCGCUGGCGGCGGGCGAGCUGGAGGGGCUGCGCGCGGCGGGACUGGUGGCGCGCUCGGCCGACACGCUGCUGGACCAACUCACGCACCUGCGCGCCGCGCUCGACACCGCGCUGGACUCGCGCCACCGUCACCAGCCAAUGAUGGAGGCGGAGGAGCGUGGCGCGGAAUUGGCGGAGCUGCAGGAGCAAGUCAUCAAGCUCAAGUCCUUGCUGUCCACCAAGCGCGAACAGAUCGCCACCCUGCGUACCGUGCUCAAAUCCAACAAGAACACCGCCGAGGUGGCGCUCGCCAACCUCAAGUCCAAGUACGAGACCGAGAAGACUAUCGUCACCGAGACUAUGCUCAAACUGCGCAACGAGCUACGGCUGCUCAAAGAAGACGCUGCCACCUUCUCAAGUUUGCGUGCUAUGUUCGCGGCGAGAUGCGAGGAGUACGUCACGCAGGUCGACGAACUCACGCAGGCUCUAUCCAGCGCCGAGGAGGAGAAGAAGACUCUCAACCAGCUGUUGCGUCUCGCCGUGCAACAAAAACUUUCGCUCACGCAACGCCUCGAGGAACUGGAGGUGGACCGCGAGAUGCGCACGCGCCGCGUGCCCAAGGCGGGCGGCGGCGCGCGCGCGCGGGGCCGAGACUUCUAGCGGCUGGUGCGGGCGCUGAAGGCGGCGGCGGCGGCGCUGCGCGCGCUGCUGGCGCACCGCCCGGCGCCCCGCUCGCCGCACCCCCUCGCGCCGUGAGCGCACGAGCGCCGUCCGCUCCCGUCCCCCGAGGAUGGCAAA